UUAACUGGAUGGCCAUGUCGGCGGACGCACUCAUGAAAGACCUGAACCCCGGCCGCCACCCGGUAGGAUCGGUCGAGGUGUGCAAACACUUCGGAAAAUUCGCCGCCCAAGUGAGCAGUGGCUUCGUUCUGGAAAACGCCAGAAAUGGAAAGGGACAUCCGGCGAAGCCCACCGCGGAGCAACUCUACACGUGCUCCCUCGAAGUCGUAAACACGCUCAGCACCAGGUGGUUCACGGGGCUCACAGAGGGUCUCCCGGAGUUCUCUGUCGUCUGGAGAAUGCUUCAUUCGCUCGUCUUGUGCCUCGGAUUGCAUCCUUUGGCCCGACUGCGGAAAAUCUACCGACGACUGAUGACGGAAAACGAUUUUCCCGCCGACCCCGAGAAGAGUGACCUCGUCCAACUGAUGCUUCACGCGGCCGCCGAAGCAAAAGCUCAGCCGGGAUCUCAACCAGCAAACGAUGCACCGAACCAAAAAUUCCGGUACGACACCGAAAUGGAGUCCAAUGCCCUGAUCAUCCUUAUUGCUGGGAGUGUUCCAAUCUGCAAAGCAUUGAGUUCAUGCGCCUUCUUUCUGGCCAAAUACCAGGAUAUUCAGAAGAAGGCAAGAGCAGAAGUCGAAGCCGCACUGGCUCAAGAUGGUAAGCUCACUUUCGACAACAUUUCGGCCAUGCGGUAUUUGAAGCAGGUCCUUCUGGAAUCUCUCCGUUAUACAUCGUCUGCAUUCGGAUUCAACACGCGGAUCACGGGCCAGGAGCAUUCCUACAAAGGCCUGACAAUCCCGAAGGGAGUGACCGUCGUGGUGCCGUCCUUCGACCUCCACAAUGACCCGGACCUCUUUUCACAGCCGGAGCUAUUCGAUCCCGAAAGAUUCGACGGGAAGGGCAUGAGUGCCGAGGACACGGCCGCCCUGCAGGUGUUCAACAACGGCCUGGGCACCUGCGUCGGGAUGAAGCUCGCCCAGGUGGAGAUCGUGCUGGCCUUGGCGAGUCUACUGGCCGAGUACCGACUGGUCCUGGACGAGACGCGGCACACGGGAGGACGCCAAGAGUCACACAUGAUCGCGAGGAAUUUCAAGAACCCGGAAAUCUGGAUCAAGUUUGAGAACAUCGUGAAGCCAUCUGCCACGUCGAACGGAACGGUGUUCAACUGAAAAGGAGCGUUAGAAACAAAAGACCCGCGUGGAGCGCGGAGGAAAUUAAGCCGUCCAUAGGGUCUCCACAACAAUAGCCUAGAAUAUGAGACCAGUGGCGUCGAAACACAGGACGGGGGGGAGGGGGCUUUAAUUGCUCCCCCCUCCAGACCUUCAAAAAACAUCAAGUAAACAAUACGGGCAGGAGAUAAAUCCCCCUCAGCCCCCCCCAUGCCCCCAAUCUGCCGAAUAGAACCGACGUCUGUGGAAAAGAUCUUCACAGUACUUAAACCUUAGUUGAUGUUUAUGCCGUCAGUGGCCAGACAUAGCCUCCUAUACAUGAGGCUAUGGGCCAGCAUGCUAAAUGUCGACGAGAGUACGCGGCAAAGCUCUUGGUGCGUACAUCUCGGAGCAAUAUUGCAGCUUUUGUUCGUGUCCCCUUACCUCCAUUUUGUACUCUGGUUAUAAAAUAAAUUAAUUGAAUUGAAUGGCAGGGCCCUCUAGAGUGUCUUGAUCAUUAGAAACUACCCCUCGAGCAAUGUCGCCAUCCGCUGCGACAGAUGCCUUAGUGAUCCUAACCUGCAAUGAAAAACAAGUACUAUAGAACGACUCAAGAAUAACUGCCUAAGUGCGCCGUCACUGGAUCUACCUGACAAGGAGUUCGCCUACCUGAGUAGGGAGUCCGAUAAUGUGCGUUAAUAGUGUGUUUUUCAAUAAAUAAUCCAGCUGCUAGCAGCACUUGAUGUCA